AUGCCACAACCUGGGUUUACCAAACAGGAACUGGAAGCAUUUGAAUGGUCUAAACAGCACAAGAAAAUUGAUGGUCCUAGAAAUUCUAGACGGAAGGAUUAUUCACCCGUAUCAUCAUCACCAACCGAUAGCUCCGAUUCUGAUAUACCUAAGGAUCCUUUCAACCCUCUACUGCUAUCUACUGCAAAAGGGUACAGGCAUAGCAGGGACUCUGUACGACAUUCACUCAAACCAAAAUCUAGAAAUCGAUCAAAAUCUAGGGAUCGGUCAAGGUCACCCCAAAAGUGGGACCACGAGUUAUUCUAUACCAAUAUUGAAUCCCAAUCAGAUGAAGAAAGACGACCAAAAUACAAGGGCGACUUCGAUACUAGGAUUGGCGCUUGGAGAUCCAGGGCAGGGGGCGCAUACUUGCCUCCGGAAAAGCCGCUUUCUCAAGACGAAAGAGACCGAAUGUACCCGACUUAUUCCAGCAAAAAAAUACCCUCCAGCCCUUGCAGAAAAAGACAUCGCAGCUACUCUCCCUCUCCCACCAGACCAAGUCCUACAUACGACCUCUAA